UAUUAAUCUAUGGUCAUUGUCAGAUUGACGUGUCAAGGUAACACACCGCCGCACCGAUCGCCAAAAAAUAAAAACCCCAAAAAAUCUGAAAUAAUAAAAUUUUUCGUUUCUAUAAAUCUGUUUCGUGCAGAUAAUACGAAUGGGGUACAAAUUUUUGAAACUUGCUUCCUCUCAAUACCGGAGUGGAGGAGUGAGAAUUAUCGCCAGGCAAUACUCAACAACCCAUGAUGCUGAUUUAGUGGUGAUCGGUGCAGGACCUGGAGGAUAUGUUGCAGCCAUCAAAGGUGCCCAAAUGGGCAUGAAGGUUGUUUCAGUAGAGAAAGAACCGAGUUUGGGUGGCACAUGUCUCAAUGUUGGCUGCAUCCCCUCCAAAGCUCUCCUUCACAACUCUCAUCUCUAUCAUAUGGCUAAACAUGACUUUAAACAUCGUGGUAUUGAAGUUGGCAAUGUUACCUUUGAUUUCAAAGCCAUGAUGGACUACAAAGAGAAAGCUGUGAAGGGCCUAACUGGAGGCAUCGGCAUGUUGUUCCAAAAAAAUAAGGUUCAACUUCUUCGUGGUGUGGGUUCCCUUGUAGCACCAAACAAAGUGGAGGUGAAGGGUGAAAAGGGAAUAGAAGUUGUAAAUACAAAAAAUGUCAUUCUUGCUACAGGCUCUGAAGUCACCCCAUUCCCUGGUGUUCAGUUUGAUGAAAAGCAAAUCAUUUCAUCUACUGGUGCUUUAGCACUACAAUCUGUACCUAAAAGAAUGUUGGUCAUCGGAGCUGGAGUUAUUGGUCUGGAGUUAGGCUCUGUAUAUCAAAGAUUGGGUUCUGAUGUUACUGCUAUAGAGUUCCUAACUUCCAUUGGAGGUGUUGGCAUCGAUGGAGAAGUAGCAAAAUCUCUCCAGAAGAUUCUUGGAAAGCAAGGCUUGAAGUUCAAACUUGGCACAAAAGUGUUAGCAGUUAGAAAGGAAGGUGCCGUAGUUAAAGUUGAUGUGGAAGCAGCUCAAGGUGGCAACAAAGAAACUAUGGAAUGCGACGUGGUAUUAAUGUCUAUUGGCCGUCGACCUUACACAAAGGACCUUGGUCUCGAGAAAGUGGGUAUCGCCCUCGAUGACCGUGGCAGAGUACCCGUCAACAAUAAGUUCCAGACCACAGUACCAGGUAUCUACGCUAUCGGCGAUAUAAUUCACGGUCCCAUGUUGGCGCAUAAAGCGGAAGAUGAAGGAGUUGUCUGUGUUGAAGGUAUUAAGGGUAUGCCCGUUCACUUCAACUAUGAUGCCAUUCCGUCCGUAAUCUACACACACCCUGAAGUAAGCUGGGUCGGCAAAACCGAAGAAGAUCUUAAGAAAGAAGGUAGAGCAUAUAAAGUGGGUAAAUUCCCAUACAUAGCCAACUCCAGAGCAAAGACGAACUCUGAAACCGACGGCUUUGUCAAAGUGCUAUCCGACAAGGCAACGGACAUCAUCCUAGGAACACAUAUAAUUGGGCCAGGUAGCGGAGAGAUCAUCAAUGAGGCUGUACUGGCGCAAGAGUACGGAGCGUCCGCGGAAGACGUCGCCAGAGUCUGCCACGCUCAUCCAACAUGCGCAGAAGCACUACGCGAAGCGAACAUGGCUGCGUAUAUUGGAAAACCGAUCAACUUCUAAUGUACAUAAUAUUUAAAUUAUCACAAUUCGUGCGUGCGUAUCCAUUGAUCAGCAGUGCGCUUAUACUAGAUGUUUAGGUGGACUGUUAAUUUUUUUAAGGAAUCUUGUAUGAAUCUGAUAGACAUGAUUUUGGAUAUAUACUGUACGACUUGAAUCUUUUCAGCAAAAUUUAAUUUCCAUCUUCUUAACAUAUUCUUUUAUGUUAUAUAUUUUCGAGC